AUGUCAUACACCACGCCGCCGAAGAAAAAGAGUCAAGACUCGCCAAACUCAGCUCGGCGCAGUGCUGCUCCGAACGAGACGGCCAGAUAUGUCGAAAUGUUCGCUCCAAAUGGCGACAUAAUUCGAGUUUUGGAAAGUGACAGAGCGGAUGUCGAGGAAGCGAUCCAAGCUAUGCAAGGCAGAGUACUUUCUACCAACGCAACAUCAGCUCCAGAGAGGGAACUAGGACCGGAGAAUCCGUUCGAGAAUUCCAAUGCCCCAGGGGGCGUGGGAAUGACGGUUCACAUACCACCAGGACUGAGGUACUUGCAAGUUUUUAUGGAUGCUCCAAAGUCGCCGGAAAGUCCUCGUAGAGAGCGACCGGUGGCCACGCAAGUUGCUCCAGGCGCGCAUGCAGCUCUAGCGGCUAGAACUGAAGCUCGGAGGAAGCGGACGCGAGAGGCGGCAGAGGAGAAGGAGAAGAAGAAGAAGGAGGAGGAGGAAGGAGGCCCUACGGGAAGGAAGAUUCUGCCGGCCAAGAGCCGGAGGGGGAAGAAGGAAUCAGAGAAGUCGAAGAUUGGAGAGGAUGAGGAAAUGGAUGAUGGUGAACCUGGCCCUUCUAAGCCGAGAAAAUCUCCAAGGAAGAGUCCAGCGUCGAAGGAGUAG